AUGACCGAUAAUUGUCAAGACGUGACCCCCUCUGCCUUCGUACCCCAGCCUCUGAAGGUAGUGGUUAUCGGGGCAGGUAUAUCAGGAAUCCAAUUCGCCCAUGAAAUCACGACACGAAUGUCCAACAUCAAGCUCGAAAUAUACGAAAAGAACCCCAAACCAGGCGGAACCUGGUAUGAGAAUCGAUACCCGGGAUGCGCAUGCGACGUACCCGCACACGUAUACCAGUAUAGCUGGGCGCCCAAUCCAUGCUGGUCGAAGGCCUACGCUCCCGCCCACGAGAUCUACGCCUAUCUUGAAUCUGUGGUUGACAAACAUGAUCUUGGAAAGUUUAUCCGUUGCAAUCAUAGGUGUAUCUCGGCGGCAUGGAACGAGGAGAGUUCGCUGUGGACUACGACGUUUCUGGAUGAGAGGUCUGGUGAGGAGACGGUGGUCCGGUCUGAUGUUUUGAUUUACGCUGUUGGCAGGUUGAAUGACUAUCGGAUUCCGGCGUUUGAGGGGCGAGAUAAAUUCAAGGGUCGAGUGUUUCAUACGGCCGCGUGGCCGGAGGACGUGGAUAUUCGUGGGAAGCGGAUUGCUGUACUUGGGAAUGGGGCCAGUGGGAUUCAAUGCGUGGCUGGUCUUCGGGAGGAAGCUGGAGAGAUUCUCAAUUUGGCACCACACCCGACGUGGCUUGGGCCUGAGCCGUUCGUUGAGAAUCGUGAAUAUGGCGAACAGGAGAAGCUCCUGUUUCGGAGAAACCCUCAAGCUUACCAUGACUUCCGAAUGGAAGUAGAAAAGGCAGCAUUGCCGUCCUUUGCUUUCCUCUGGAAAGAUACCCCUCCCAGCAAAAGCCUUCGUUCUCGUGCGGAAUCAUACAUUAAGACCAAAGUAGAGGAUCCGGAACUGCAACAAAAACUGACCCCAGACUAUACCCCCGGAUGUCGUCGAUGGGCCCCUGGCGAGCAGUACAUCAAUGCAGUACAACAACCACAUGUCAAGCUAAUAGAAGACCACAUGGCUGCUCUCACAGAGAAUGGAUUUCGCACUGCGCAAGGGGAUGAGUAUGAAUGUGACAUGAUCGUCUGUGCAACGGGGUUCAGUCUAUAUAACCCACGCGUCCCUGUCGUCGGACGCAACGGUAUCACCCUCGCCAAUUGCUGGGGCUCGGAGGGCCCGUGUGAGAGUUAUAUGGCAGCGGCGGUGGCACACUUUCCUAACUUCUUUGCAUUCCAUCCACCCAACUGCCCGAUAAACGGUUCCGCAUUCCCCGGUAUCGAACGGACAGCAGAUUAUAUCGUAAGAGUCCUUCAUCGUCUUCAAACCGAUCGUCUCCGGUCUGUGAGUGUGCGACCCGAAGCCCAACGCGACUUCAACAGAUGGGUUCAGUCUCAGAUGUCAGGCAUGGUGUGGUCUGAUUCCUGCAAUUCAUGGUACAAAAAUAAAUAUGGCAAGAUUAUUGUUCCCUGGCCUGGAACUACCAAUCACUACUUUGCUGCUACGGAGAUCGUACGCUGGGAAGACUUCGACUUGGUGUUCGAGGAUCCGGCGCAGAAAUAUAUGAGCUUCGGGAAUGGAGUGACGAUGGAUGGUUUCAAGCCGGAGUCGAUACCAUGGGUGCAACCACCGGAGUAUGUGAAUUAA